GACUGGUGGCCAGUGGCAUUACUGCCACACUCUCUUUAUCUUUACUUUUCUUUCUGGUAAAUCGUCUGAGACAACGUAAGAUACGUGCACGCGAAAGUCGACAGAAUGCCGAGGAUCAACGCAGUAUUGUUGGAAGUAUUGGUUACAUAGCCGGUAAUAUGGGUUACAUGGAAGGAAACAUGAGUGGUAUGGAUUAUUCCUACGCUGGAGGUGCUUCUCACUAUCCACUAUGGAAACCAGCUAGUGGUUACUUUCCACGUGGGGAGGCGCCGCCACCGUAUGAAGAGGCUGUCGCCAUAUCGCAAGCAGAAGCUUUAAGCGCACAGUGCACGGUUAGUGUGGCAACAACAGCACACCGUGCAAUGGGUCUUAAUGCCACUGUUACACCGGUUGAAUUGAGUGCUGAAAUGCGUCGAAACAUGCAACAGCAGCAGCAACAACAAACUUUAGUCCAACAACAUGCAAUACAUUUGCAUCAACCGACGACAUCACACAAUGGUAGUGGUGUAAACGGUACUAAUUCGCUAGUCGGGAUGCCUAACACGACGCAAACAUUGCAGCAUCAUAUUGGUGCAUUGACGUCUACGGCACAACAACAACAACAUCAUCAACAAUCCCACAAUCAAAUAACACAGAGCACCACCAACCUAAUUAACAUCAAUAUUAAUAGUGGAGGCAAUGUGACCACAAUUGCUACUGGUGAAAAUCAUCAACCUCCAUAUAGUUCUCAAAACUCGAGUACAACACAGAAAAAUAACUAAAAAACAAAUUUCUGGAAAUAUAAAUGUCUUUGGAAUCUAAAUUGUUUACUAGUGCACACUUCUAUAUUUAUUAUUACAAAUUGGACUUUGCAACACGAAAGUGGCGGCAAUGUUUUGCAGGAACCACAUAAUCAUCAGUCGUUACAACAGCAACCACAAUUAAUGAAUACAACUCACAUAGGAAAUAGUAGUGGGGGACGUCUUCACUUGACUGCUGCUACGCCCAGUAACUCAAUUUGUGUGCAGACGCUCUCAGGUGGAGCGGGUGGUAACCAGACAACCAAUCAAUCAACGCAAAUGAUGGGGCUUAAAUCUCUCCACCAUCAGCAACAGCAGCAACAACAUCACCAUGAAAUUACUGCUGCAAACGUCGCCUGUCAAGCUUUGCAGCAGGCAAUGUCAUCUUCGGUUGGUUCUUCGUCGACCAACUACGAGUGUAGCUAUAAAAACUGUCAUCUGAAUAUCAGCGCUAGUACUGCGUCGGCUUCUUCGUCAGCCGUAGGCGGAUCGCAGCAGCGCCGCUCCCAACGUACAAUGCCAAUUCAAGCCACACAUAUGACACAUGAUAUGCUUCAACAGUUUGUUACUGUUGCUGAUGUGGAAAUCAGUGGCAACACUGUUGGGUAUCACUCAUUGCCAAAUGGCAGCGGUGUAGGUGGGGGUGACAGUGAAAUUGAGCUGGUCAGUGCUACUACGGUGCCUACGUCAUCGCAAUAUACUGGAACACAGAUAUCAGGGGCCAUUUCAACACCCAGCAUUGAUGUGUUGCCAUUGAUGAGUGGCGAAAUCGCUACAAUUUCUAGCAAUACCAGCGAUUCAAUCACACAAACACCAAUAAGCGCCGUCUCCGGGCCGCAUACACUGCCAACAAAUGCUCACACGCAAACAUUAAAAAGUGGUAGCAGCAGCACCAAUAGCAUUAGUAGCCAAAGUAGCAAAACACCUUCAAGUUCACGUCGUUAUCAUCGCACUAUACCGCGAUACUUUGCACUUACCGAUCCAUUGAGUGCCAAAGAGGCCUAUGGCGUAAGUAAAAGUAAAUCGGAUAAUAGUUCACGUGCUAGCGCGAGCGGCACUGUGUCAACUGGAACUUCUACCAAAAAACCCACCUGCCAAUGCCCAGUACAACAUGUGCCCAUGUCAUAUAUGGCGGCCACGCAAUUGAGCAAUGUUGCGCAAUGUGCCAGUAACAGUGCGCUUCUUUCGGCCCUAAGUAGCAAAUUGAACGCUGCUUGCCAAUCAUCAGCUGCAUCUCAAACGACGUCAGCAUCAUCAACUCUAGUUACAUCACAUGGCAGCAGUAGCUCUGGGCGCUCCAACACUGUUACUACAUUGGGCUAUUCACAACGAGCCAAAUCCUCCAACAGUCUUCAACAAUCGUCAACGAACGAUGUAAACAGCUUUGGUGUCGGCGGCACCUUGAAACGUACCAUACACACCACGAGCACCAGCACCAACACGGCGACGGCCACUAAUAAUAACAACAAUAGCAACAUUAAUGCUACAUCGGUAUGCAGUUAUGAUACGAAAAUAGCCACUAUUUCCAAACAAGUCGGUGAUAGUACCGCUGCAGAUCUAGGUGGCACAACCAUAACUGGUCAUCAUCAUCACGCUGCCCAUCAUUCACAUCAUUCUCAUCAUGCACACAGUGUUGUUGUGCUACCGACACAGACCCAUGACGAGAGUAUGCCCAUAGUUUUGGGGAGGGUACAGAAACGAUCCAGUGGAGAGCGUGAGAGGGAACGGGAACGGGAACGCGCGCGUAGUGCUAGUAGUGGCCGUGCAAGCAGCAACAGUAGCUCACACCAAUUGGAGAAUAGCGCGGCUGCAAUCUACUUGAAUGGAAAGGGCGACGCAUACUUGAAUUUUCCCCAUCCACAAAAUUUCAGCAAUCUCAAUGCACAACAGCAGCAGCAGAAUCACCACCAACAACAACAAACCAACGAAACAAAUCCAAUAUUACCACCGAAACUACACAAAUCUCUAACGAAUUUAAAAACUACAACAAACAACAAUCAUAGUAUAACGACCAUAGCAACAGUGAUUUCGUGCGCUGCUGCUACUACACCCAACCCCACAAGUACAGCCACCAACUCAUCAAGUUGCACUGCCGUACAGACGGUAUACACUCUCAGCAAACCAACCACAUCGACUGCAGCACAUGUGAGCCGCAAGGAGCAUCAUACUAUCCAUGAACCUGUGAAUGGCAACGUCGCAACUAGCAAUUGUAGUAAGAAUUCGCCACCAUCACUCACUCUGCCGCUCACACUUUCGCCGGGGUUAACAAAUAACUUUGGAGGUGUGAGCACCAGUACUAGUAGUGGUAGUGGAAGUAGUUCCGGCAACAAUACGGUAGGGUCGCAAACACAUUCAGCUGAAAAGUCAAGCAAAAUCAAUUCAAGUACAUUUUAUCCACUGCAAAAUAAUCAUGUGACAUACACACUGCCAAAACACAUAAGUGGCAAAGUAUCGCUGAAUAGCACCAUUGCCAGUGUAGUUAGCAAGGUGCCUUCAGUGAUCAGUAUACCAGUCGGUGGCGGGGAAGUUGAUCUGUUUGAGAAUAACAACAGCUGUACAAAUAACGCCUUAAGUCACAGCAAUGUAACAACAAACAGUAAACACGAAUCCACGGCAAUGUCGUCCACGUCGAAGAGUGUCAGUGCGAACGGCCGUAGCACCACAUUGCCAAAGGUAUUGCGUGCCAAAAAACAGCAAGAUGUGAAUGCUACCAACAAUUGCAAUAGCAAUAACGUCAGUAGCGGCACAAAAUAUUUGAAUAAUGCAACAACAACAGCCGUGUCCACAUCUUCGGUAUCACAAUGCAAUAUGCCCGCCUAUCCACAUCAGUACAGCAGUUCACAAAUCAAAUCAACCGCAACAGCUAAUGCAACAACGCAGUUCAAUUCCACCAUUUCUGAUAGUGAUGCGCUGUCUUCUGCCAAACAUUUACCAGUCUGCACCACUUCUAAGAAUUGCCACAAUCCAAAGGAGCACUUUUUGCCAAACGACACCAGUUUGGAUGAUGAUUACUUAAGCGAGUGUGAGAAUUGCAAAAUUGCGCAGAGUGCCAAAUAUUUUUUAAAUGCCGAAGAAGUGGAGGCAACACCACAAGAGACAAUGACCCUGCAGCGCAAAUCGAUGGACGACAACAAAGAGGAACAAGAACAGGCGUAUUAUCGAAUUUCGCACACACUACCAACGAACCCAAAGAAGAAUGCUCCAAUCAAAAAUAACAAUCGUGAACCAUGGUUUUCUACAAUCCCUGCUAGUUCGUCAUCCGAAGAGGAUGUCAAUGAAUGAGAUUUAACACAUUUUCUUUAAAUAAAGAAUAAAAAAACAAAAACGAUGCGCACCAAUAAUUACAUAUACGCACACACAAAAAUAUGCACACACCAGAGUAUCGGAGUGAGUGAGAGGCUUCGAGAUUUGCAAACCGAAAAGUUUAAGAUUGAAAACGACAGUACGAACAUUAAAUGUAAUAUCUGCACAGCGGGUAAGUCUAACACAACUUGAGACGACACGUUCACUCAUCAAACGCGAGGAAAAAUUGUCCACCGCACGGACAAGGGCUUUCUUCAAUAACUCAAGAUUUGAGUUUAGAGUAGAGUAGAAUACGGAACACAACUUGUAAUCCAACAGGUCUGUGCUACCAGUUGGCCAAUAAUUCGUUGAUAUAAAGUCGCUUUUGUGUUAUAGAGCAGAGUCUUGUUGGUAAUUCCACGACUUGUUGGCGAAUAUUUCAUUGGUUAAGGCUUCACAAUGGGUGCCAAGACGGUUUAUUGAUAUCCUUUGGAUGAUUUGUUCACUUCUUUCUUGCGAAAAUAAGGCGCUAUGUUUGUGAUGCGUUGAAAUGCUUUAUUGGAUGACCGAGCAUUCACACGACCGUUUUAUCUAUUGAAUAGUAAACAGAAUUUGUCUGUGAGUGUUCUUCGCGUAGAGACUGCGUAACCCUUUCGAUUUUCGCUUACUUCAACCGUGUACCAGCAUUUAUGACUUCACUAAGUACUUUAAAGAAAUGUAAAUGGUAUUACUUAUAAAUUAUAGUAAGCUAGUGAUCGAGAGUAUGUUUCAGCAACCAGUAUUAAGACGAAAUGAAAAAUCUUAAAACCAAAUAUUAAAAUAAAUCUAUGUAUACAACUCGUAAAAAUCGCAAAUAAAUGCAUUGUUUUGAAAUUUUAGAAAGAAGUUACAGAUUAUCGUUAUAUUUAAAUUAACAAUUAAUAUAUAUUCAUAAUGUAUGUAUAUAUAUAUUAAGUGGCAGUUAAACAAAUUAAAAUCAGUCAGAAAUGUACUAAAAUCUUAAAAGAAACUUAUGCAAAUAUUAAAUUUAAAAGAAGAAGCAUAAAAAGUACGAAAAGAUAAGAUUUUCGCGAAAAAUAAAAACGAAUUGUAUUUAGUUGUAAGAGUGUAAAAGAACUACCAUAAUAUAUAAAAUAAAUAAUAAAUAAAAAAUUAA